UUAAUGGAAAUAUCUCCGCAGGAUAAUCGAGUGGACGGAGCGUGCAUGCUGAGGCGACCGACGUUUAGUGACCCGUCCAAGAUCGGCUGGGAAGUCCUUAUGGUAGCUGAGGGGCGUGGACGAUCCUUCCCGAGCGAGAUCGGAGGGCUGAAGGGUUGGCCCCGUCGUUGGAUCCACUCGGCCAGUACCUAUAUUUAGAAGAACCAUGACCGACAAAAACAAGAAUGUCUUAUGCAAAACAGAGAAUGAAUCAAACGGGCAACCAGUAUCGUUAAAGCCUCCGUGCAGUUGGAACAACAACAACGACAUUCGCGGCAAUGGUUCCGCGAAUGCGAUCAAAAGGGACGGAUUAACCAGUACAAGGGUUCAGAAUCACAGUCAAAGAUCGGACUAUCAGAAGGAUCAAACGAAUUCGAAUAAUCGUCAACCGAGAAGGGCGCCGAUAGUUGGCUGGCAAAAUGGAAGUCCAACGGUGUUUCCGAGCACACCGUGUCAUACACCGGAACCGGACGGAUUCGACGAGAUCCUCUUGUCCCGGUCGCAAAGCAUCGCCUCGUCCACGAGGAGUUCGGGUAUCUGUCAGGACUCCGGCAACACCGAGGAUCUCAGCAGUCUGGCCGACGAGAGGCUCCUUCAGUCCACGCCAGCUCGCACCAUCGACAGAAGCGUGGAAUCUCUGUCACCCGACAAGGAUACUUUUCUGACCACUUCGCCCGACAUCGGCAGGAGCAAGGAUUUCAGUCUGGGCGAUGAUUUGGAGGAUAAGAUCGAUUUGCUCAGCCCUGGGACCGAUUGCACCGAGGACAGGGUACCUCCCACGCCUAUCGAUCGUAGCUACCUAACCUCGCCGAAUCUUACGAUAGGCCCGAGCCCUACCAAUAAAAGCGACUUGGACUCCCUCGAUACACAUCCGCUCGAGAGGACCGACGACGAGAAACUUGGGAAGUAUUCCGUCACGAGGGCGAUAAUCACUUCGAAUCCUGGUUACACAGACGACGACACACGCGAUUCCAUCGAUUCGGACAGCGUUCUGGAUUUGGAGGAUGAAUUGUCGAUGGGCAAAGAUCGAGAAGGCAAACCAAAAGUCCCGGACGGCGGUUGGGGUUGGGUGGUCGUGUUGGCCUCGUUGAUUAUAUCGAUGAUAGCGGACGGGGUGUCGUUCAGUUUCGGACUGUUGUACAUCGAGUUCCUUCACGAAUUCGGCGCGUCGAAAUCGAAGACCGCUUGGAUCGGCUCCCUGUUCAUGGCGGUGCCUCUACUAUCUGGCCCGGUAAUGUCUGCGCUGGUCGAUCGUUACGGAUGCAGGAGCAUGACCAUCAUCGGCGGUCUGAUAUCUGGUAUCGGUUUCGUGCUGAGCUGCUUCAGCAACACCAUCGAGGUAAUGUACUUGACGUUCGGAGUCGUAGCGGGUCUCGGUCUGGGUUUGUGCUACGUCACUGCGGUCGUGAGCAUCGCUUACUGGUUCGACAAGAAGCGAACGUUAGCUGUAGGUCUGGGUGCAUGCGGCACCGGUAUCGGCACGUUCGUAUACGCGCCGAUGACCACGUUCUUCAUCGAGGAGUACGGAUGGCGCGGCACCUGUUUGCUGCUGGCCGGCACGUUUUUCAACAUGAUCGUCUGCGGCACGGUGAUGCGCGAUCCGAAAUGGUGGAUACUGGAACAACAGAAGCAGAACGGGCAGACACCAAAAAAGUCCAUCACCGAAUGCGACAGGUCCACGGAUAGUCCUGUGGACGAUUUUCCCGGGGUCGAGGAGCUUAGGAAAAUGUUGAAGAACGGUCACGCGCCAGAGUAUUUGUUGCAGAUAUUAAGCACCACCACGGAGGAUCCACACGCGGCGAAUGGGGAUAUUAAGUUCCGAAGUGUCGUUAAUCUGCCCACGUUUGUGAAGCAUAAUGAAAAGGUACCCGUGGAAGUGUUGGAAUUACUUUCCAGUAAUCCGAGGCUGUACAAGGUCAUUUUGGAGAACUAUCCGAAUCUUCUGUCGUGUAGAAGUUGUUCGGACAAAAUGUGCGUCGUCACAAUGUCGAUGAGGAUCAAGCAAGCGAACGAUGAACCAAAAUGUGACAAUACGCAUGCAACAAAUCACGUUCAUUUGGGACCUGCAUCUGGUUCUGCGAAAAAUCACAUUACUAAAAAGAUAUCAAAAAAAGAAUCUGAAGAGGCUAAUCCUUUAUUAGCGAAAGAACUCGAACAUACGACAACUGAAACGAGGAAGGGGAAAUCGGUAUCUAAACAACGCAUAGGAGAUCUGAAUUGUGGCGUUGUUAGAACGGACUCGUUGCCAUGGUUGAGGAGGCAGUUCAACACAAAUACACAUUACUUCAAGGAUAUCAGGGUUCACAGGAAUUCUGUUAUGUACCGCGGCGCAGCCUUAAACUUGCACAAAUACAGAUUAAGGGCCAGUAGCUGUCCAGAUAUUUAUAGAAACAGUAUGACUACGUUGGCAAAAGAGAACGAGGAGAAAUGGUAUGGCGAAUUGUUGGAAUUACUGAAGGGCAUGAUGGACUUCUCGAUGUUCCUGGAACUACAUUUUUUAUUACUGUCACUGUCAACGAUCUUGUUGUUCACUUGGUUUAUCGUGCCUUACUUCUACCUUGCCGAGCAUCUAACUAGGAACAGUUACUCCGAAUCCGACGCUGCGAAUCUCCUUAGUAUUAUUGGCAUCACCAACACGAUCGGAAUGAUUGGUCUUGGCUGGGCUGGAGAUCAACCCUGGAUGAAUGUCAGCAAAACGUACACUUGGUGCCUGAUUGCUUGUGGCAUAGCCACGGCUUUAAUGUCAAUAUUAACACCUUACUACAACUUGUUGAUGGCUGCCUCGGCUGCGUUCGGUCUGUUCUUCGCGAGUAGCUUUAGCUUUACUCCAGUCAUACUCGUCGAAUUGAUACCACUGGAGAGAUUCACAACUGCCUACGGGCUCAGUCUACUCUGUCAAGGUAUAGGGAAUCUUCUUGGGCCGCCACUGGCCGGUUGGUUGUUCGACGUAACGAACUCGUGGGACCUGUCAUUCCACAUGGCCGGCGGCUGGAUCGUCCUAUCUGGACUUUUAGUCGGGCUUAUCCCAUACACGAAGAAUCGGAAAAUUUGGGGCAAGGGUCCGAUCGAAAUGGAACGUGAAAAAGAUUCUUUAGCCUAAGU